CCCGGGCGUACGCUUCGCCCGUGACGAGCGCAGCGCACGCUAGCGCGCCGUCCAAGCGCUCGGCGCCUCUGACCCGGAGAGCCACCCCAUCACGAGACCGCCUGCCGCGCCUUGUCCCGUUGCUCUUGCCCCCUGCGUUCUCCUGCGCUCCGAACGCCACUUUCGCGCGCCUGUACACGCCAUUUCCCAUCACUCGUCGUCGUCAUCCUCAGCGCUCUCCUGUCGCUCCAGUGUUCUUGACCUGAGAGAUGGACGCGGGGAGCGCCGUCGAGGCGGGGCGGCAGGAGGGGACUCCCACGGGGCCCGCGGCGCCGUUCGGCAGGUCGUCGUCGUCGUCGGGUCUCGGCGCGAAGGGCGGCGCGACACCCCAGAGCUUCGACGGCGCGCUCAGAGAGCUCAAGGAUCUGCAGUCGCAGCUGCACCAGGCGGCGGACUGCUGCGAGAAGGCGUUCCUCAACACCGAGAAGAAGCAGCUAAUCCUGGACAGUACAAAGAGCUACAUCUGCGACGCGGUAGUAGCGGUGAUCGAUCAUCUGGGGACCGUCUCAUCCAAGCUUGAGCACCAGCUGGAGGACAAGGCUGAGAUCACGCAAACAGAGCAAAAGAUCAGCUUCCUCAAGCAGAGGCUCUUGACAUGCGAACAGUAUGCAAUUUCCCUCCAACUAUUGGCCGUUCGUGCGGACACUGGCGCCGUUCAAUAUCAUCGCCGUUACCUCUCGCAAUCUACUGAAAGAAACAACCAGGAAAAUGUUGCCAAGUCAAGCAUUUUUUCACACAGCAGAGGUGACCCAGAACCCUUCAAGCUCAAUAGCACAGUGGCGCCAGGAGCUACUCGCACUCUGAAGCCAUAUGAUGUUGAAUCAACCAUGGGGAGGGAGCAUGCCGUGGCGGGUGCAGACGUUGGAAACCCAGCAUCCAUAACGAGGUCAUUUUCCUUCAGAGCAGAGGAUGUUCAAAUUGCUGCAGGGGGUCAUCACAAGAAGAAGAAGAAAAGUAGCCAUGGCAGCAACAUCAUGUCAUUUCUCAAAAGAAGCAAGCGACAUGCGUAACGGUGAAAAGAGCCACCGGGGUGCAGUUAGAAUGUGGCUAUCGCCAGAGUUUUUGCUAGCCAUCAGAAUGUCCAUUGUUCUGUAAAAGGAAUGUGCGUACAGUACAUAUGUUUGAGUUCUGCUCCGGUGCACGCAUGUGCUGACGUGCAGUAAAUUGAAAUUCAGGGUCGAGCUGAAACAUUCAUGCCACAUCGAGGAGAAACAAGCAUGUUCAUUUCA